AUGUCCUUUGUGGUUCGCGGACGAGGCAUGGUGGGUGCUGUGCCCGGAGCCUCGGCUGCACCGCAUCUGGUCUCCUCAAACAAACUUCGGUUGGCCUCCAACGGUGAGAUCGACUUGGCGGACGUCAAUCUCGCCGACAUGGAUCCCGAAGUUAUUCGGCGCGAACUGAAACGUCUCUACACCGCAAUUGAAAUCUACAAGACAAAGGCUAUGCGCCGGGACAAUCCCCACAUUAGUAAACGACGUGGCGGCCGGAAGCAAAGGCGGUAA